GCCGCCUACCUUGAGCGGAGACUUCGACGCGCGGUUAGGCGACGAACUCGUCGUGCCCCGUGAUUUAAAGUGUACCCGUCCUUGGCAGUAAAAGUCAACGGGUAGUUAGCUUCCGCGGUGGUGCAGCGUUCCGCGGAAGAUUUAGCAAAAUAACUGGCUCUGUCACAACAUUGUUGUGUACAGUAAUUCUGUGUACCUUUAAAGCCGGAACAGAAGGGAACAAGUUUCGUACCUCUGUUUAAUUUUUCUUUAACAUGGAGUUGAUAAACGCAGUGAGAAGUGUUACUAUUUCUGUGUGUCAGUGAUAGAGAAUCGAAGCUGUUUUACAUUAUUUAUUAUUACAAGUGAAAUGUGUCAGUGCAUAUUCCAGUUUGUAGUUUCUUUCGUGAUUAAUGACAAGCGUUAAUACUAUUUCUGUGCACCAUUCACAACGAAAUAGUGCCACUGAGUAUACCGUAAUCGAUCGGUGAUUAUUUCGUUUGUGCUGUUGUUUUUCAGUUUGGUUGGUGAGUAACGUGAAGUGUUUCAGUUGAGGUAUGAUCGGUUCAGAUUGUGUUCUUAACACGAUCGAGCAUUUAUCGAAGACCGUGUACCCAUUGUGUGUAACGUAGGAAGUGUAAUUCUCGACGACGUGUUCUAAUGCCUACCGUGUGUCAGUGACCUCUGAGCAAUCAGAAAAUCGUUAAGUGUAGUGUUGUAAGCUGCCAGUAAUGCUUUCUGGCGAUGGCUGCAGACAACAGUGGGAGUGGUGGUGGCUUGCUGAUGUGCCGUCACUGGUGGAAAGUGUGUUGGUUGCACGGCGACCAAUCAAAGUACUACCGCCAGCUGUAUGGGCGGAGGGCAGCGGUCGUCACAACGCGACCGCAAGCGCGCCACCAACUGGAGGAUGGCUCACCGGACACAGAGCGCGAUCAUGGUGACGUCACUCUGCCCGGCAGCUCGCACGACCAUCAGAAGGUGUGCCGCAACUGCCGGUGCGCGCGGCAGGAGCACUGCGUGGGCGGCGCCAUGGCGGGCGCGGUCAGCCCCGAGCCGGACAAGCUGCUGCAGCUGCCGCCCCACAAGGCGGCCGCCGCCCCCGGGCCGCCGCCAGCCGCCGCCGCCGGCGACCCGCACCGACAGUCGCAAUCCGACGACGACUCGGGCUGCGCGCUGGAGGAGUACACCUGGGUGCCGCCUGGACUCCGCCCCGACCAGGUGCACGUGUACUUCUCGGCGCUGCCCGAGGACAAGGUGCCGUACGUGAACAGCGCGGGCGAGCGGUACCGGGUGCGCCAGCUGCUGCAGCAGCUGCCGCCGCACGACAACGAGGUGCGCUACUGCCACGGCCUGAGCGACGAGGAGCGCAAGGAGCUGCGCCUCUUCUCGGCGCAGCGCAAGCGCGAGGCGCUUGGUCGCGGCGCCGUGCGACAGCUCAGCGCGCCCAUGGCCUGCGACGGGUGCGAGGAGCCGCUGUCGGGCGGCGACAUGGCGGUGUUUGCGUCGCGGGCUGGCCCCGCCGCCUGCUGGCACCCCGCCUGCUUCACCUGCUGCGUCUGCCGCGAGCUGCUGGUAGAUCUCAUCUACUUCUGGAAGGACGGCCGCCUCUACUGCGGCCGACACCACGCAGAGACGCUCAAGCCGCGCUGCUCCGCCUGCGACGAGAUCAUCCUGGCGGACGAAUGCACGGAGGCGGAGGGCCGCGCGUGGCACAUGAACCACUUCGCGUGCUUCGAGUGCGACCGGCAGCUGGGCGGGCAGCGGUACAUCAUGCGCGACGGCCGCCCCUACUGCCUGCACUGCUUCGACGCCAUGUUCGCUGAGUACUGCGACUCGUGCGGGGAGCCGAUCGGCGUCGACCAAGGCCAGAUGAGCCACGAGGGCCAGCACUGGCACGCCACGGAGCAGUGCUUCUGCUGCCACACGUGCCGCGCCUCGCUUUUGGGCCGGCCCUUCCUGCCGCGUCGCGGCGCCAUCUACUGCAGCAUCGCGUGCAGCAAGGGCGAGCCGCCCACGCCCUCCGACAGCUCGGCGGGCCCGGCGGGCGGCGGCGGCCCGCGGCGGCGCGCGCCCUCCGAGUCCAGCGCCAGCGCCAGCCUCACGCCUCCGGGGUCGCCCGACGCCGCCUCCAGGCUGCGCCGCCCCCAACACCGGCCGCAGCCGCCGCCGCCCCUGUCGCCGCGGCGGCUGUCCCCGCCGCGGGCGGCGCCGUGCCAGUCGCCCACGGCCAGCCACCACUCCUCGCAGUCUCAGUCGCCGACGCCCAGCCUGCAGGCGUCGCCACUGCGCAGCCCGCCGCCCUCCCGCUCGCCCAAGAUGGGGCGGCGCGCUCUGCAGCGGGACCGCGCGGGCGCCGCCUCCGCCUGCAAGGCGCCGCCCCCGACGCCGCCUCCGGCCCCACCACCCGCGCCCGACCCGCCGCCUCCGCCGCCAGCCAGCGAGCCGCCGCAGUACAACAUACAGCCCUCGCCGUCGCCAGCUGGGAAGGGGCUGGACCGUGUGUUACUGGAGCGUAACCUCGAGCGACUGCUUUCGGAGCACGGUGGCGGAUCCUCGGGGCCUGGCAGCAUGACAGCAGGUCCAAUGGAUGCACAGCCCGCUGGCUGCAACCCCGAUCUGGAGAGGCUGUUGCACGCACGUGACCGUAGCCGCGAGCCACUGCACUUGGCCGAACUCAGUCUGAGCCUGGACGCAUGGAAGCCACCACCGCCCCCAGCACCGCCUCCUCCACCCCCGCCCGCAUCUGCACCGCAGCAGAGCUCACCCGUGCCGACCACCCCACUCCCCGAGGCUACGCCUGACAUUCUGCCACGUAGGCCCACACCGCCCCCACCUCACCAUCACCACUUCCCAGUACCCCAGCAGCAGCAAUCACCACUGCCACAUCAACCGGCUUCACCCUCACGGCGGCAGGGCAAGGCAAGCAAGGGGCAGCUGAGCGUGCGUUUCCAGGGUGACAGGCACGAUGAUAUCGAUCGCGACAUUGACGAUGCAGAAGAGGGCGCUGCUGCAGGUUGCAGCGUGUCGGCGUCGGCAACACUGUCAUCGUCUCCGAGCCGGCACCGGACAACAUUCCCACGCAGCAGGAGCUACUCGGGCAGGUCGCGCUACCGUGACCGUGACCGGGAUCGUGACUACAGCUACGGCUACGAAGACUCACGGAGGGCGCGCGGGCCGCGCAAGACCAACUCUGAGAGCCACGUGCCCAGUGGCAGCGCUGCGCGCUUCCCACUUCCGCCGUCGUCGGCAGCGGACCGCGAUGAUGCAGACAGUUACUGCUCCACCUGCUCCUCUAGCUCCAGCAGCGACGAAUACGCCUAUGAGCUGCCGCCGAGGCGCGCCUACGGUGGUGUCCGCAUCUCGUACGUGCCCAACGAUGCACUAGCAUGCGCCCGCCGUCAGCAGCAAGCUGCAUCUGCAGCCCCCAAGUCACCUACAAAGAAGAGUGGUGCCACCGAUGACAAGGACAAGAACUGCACCAUCUCCUGAUCCCGGUGUCCUCCACCGCCUGUGGAAUCCCAGCGGCGCUGAUCGUACCUGGCAGCGAGUACAGUUCCUGGUUCUAUGGCUGCUCCUCUGACACUAUAUGGAUGGUGGCUCUUCUAUUAGAGAACUGUGAAGACUGUGUGAAAUGUUUUGAAGUGUGACAUGUACUCGCAGACAGAAUAAGAACUACGCAAACUAUAGUAGCUCCUCUUUCUUAUGGUCCAAUAAUUCUACGGUUUGCGCUCAUUGUUUUACUCUCACCCACAUGAUCUCCGAGCAAAGAAGUAAUUCAAAUUCAGUGACAAGGCAGCUAGAAAUAUGAUUUGUGAUGCUGAUAUUU